AUGCAGAGGGUGGAUGAGGGUGCUUGUGUUUCAGCCCGUCUCUCCCUCCCGCCCCGGUGCUCCUGCCGGAACCAACCCGACCGAGAACCACCAGCAAAGAUGUCCUCCUCCAAGGCACGCCCACUCAUCUUCCACCUCAUCCAACACCGCCGGCCGAGCACGCCGACCCACCCGCUCACUGCGUCUCCCUACACGCCCUUCACGCCGUCCCUCCGAUUCAAAUCUUCGGCUUCAGCCGGAGGCUCUCGGACACCAAUCAAGCUCAAGAUCAACAAGAAGGAUGGCGACUCUACCCCUCGUCCAGGCCCCGAUCCCGGCCAAUUAGUAAACCUGGAUUAUAUCACACAACCUCCAAUCAACCUCGCCUCAGUCCCCGACCUAGAACCCUCAAAAAUGACGAUGGAAAACGUGGGCAAAUCCUACAAGUUCUCAGCCCGAAUGGUCAAGGCGAUCGAUUGCUUUUCGAUCCCCUCAUCCAUCGCCAAGGACUGGAAACCGAUGUCCGUGCCGGUGACGACGCUCCGGAAAGCUUCAGUCGAACUGAUCUCGCGUUUAGUCCAAGCGAGGAAAUCGGAAACCGAUAAGCCGAACGUUCAUACUCUCAAUGGUCAAGCUGGCACCGGGAAAUCCGUAUCAUUACUCCAUGCACUCAGUUAUGCGGUCCAGAACCGCUGGAUCGUCCUUUACAUUCCUGACGCUAAAUGUGUGGUUGAUGGACAAUACAGCUAUGAGUACUGUCCCCGAACGGAGACCUAUCACCAGAACAGCUUAUCAGCGGAGAUCCUUCGAAAGCUGGUCGCAGUGAACGAUCUAGAAGGCUUGACGCUGACGAAGGCGCGCAAGCUAUUUGGGACAAAGGAUGAACGGACGGUCGACUACGAGGAAGAGAUUGCGAGUGGGACGGCGUUGAGCAAAUUUGCCCAGCUCGGGAUCCAGCAGAUUCAUCUGGCCCCCAACGUGCUCGAGAUCGUCUUCGAGGAACUCGCCCGGCAGACCGUCAAGCCGGUAUUCUUCGCCAUCGACGGUGCUCAGAAUCUCUUCAAGCCAUCCGAUUACGUCGACGGCUCGUUCCGCCAGAUAGACAGCUUCGCCUUCAACGUUGCAAGACUGUUUUUGAACUUUGCCCGUGGCACUCAGAAAUGGUCGAAAGGGCUCACCAUCCUCACCGCCUCAUCCCUACAUUGCCCAUCGAAAUCGCUCGCAUGGGACCGCCUGAUCAAGGACCGACAGCCGUCGAUCGUCGACCGCUCGGCUUGGCCUGGAUGGGAACACUAUCAGGAACUCAUCAAACCUGUCCAAGCUUAUCCUAACUUGGACGUCAAUAACUUGGACCGUGUCGAGGCACUUGGCGUCGCCCAGGCUCUCGAACUCUCUCGCUUGGUCUUGGCCCCACUAGAUGAUCGGGUAUUCCUCCGUCAUUUGAUUUGCUCAAACGGGAAUGUUAGAGAGUUUACAAGAGAAAUUAAAAACCAAAUUAAACUCUAG